AGUCGCAACACUGAGUCGACAUGAACGAGGUCAUAGCGCUGUUCCGCAUUUCGACGGCAGCCAUGCACUUUUACGAGCAAGGGCCCGGUAUAGGAGCAUUCAAGCUGGUGGUCGACGGAAGAGCGGGACGUGGAAUCAUCCCAGUGCACGCCAAAGCCGAUGCCCUGCUCCUUUCUUAUACAAACUCGCCGGUGCUUACUGAUUUGGUCUCGUAAAUCAUCGCACCCAAUUACGCUACAUCCUUUGGGCAUUCGUCCAUGUCGCAAGGACCGUGGGGCGUAGCAGGUCGCACCGACAACACACCGCCGGGAGGUGCACAACGCCGCCGGGAAAACGUGCCACUGCUCCGAUGGCUUCCCGAUCCAAAGGUUCCAUGUUCCACAAGACGAAAGAGCCACGAGCCAAAUGGCCACUGCAAGCCUCGGACGCAAGAGUAUCCAAUGGCCUAGCUGAACUCGUUCUCGAAACGAGUCCGCCCGGUUUCCAAACGACCCCAAUACAUAAGCGAAAACGAAGAACGUUGUUUCCUGGGUCGCCAAUAUUCCACGCUCUGGGGCCUCGCGGCUGCUAGAUACACUCAUUAGGAAGGCUUAACCUAGUUGAGCGGAAGCGCUGUGCCUGCCGAUGCAAUUAGCACAGCAAGCGUUGACACAUAAUCCGAAUAUCAAAGAAUCUU